UAAUUAAAUGACUGGCCUAAGGGUGGGAUACAUGUCAUUUUUCAUCUUCCAAUCGCCACUGUAAAUAUUGGUAUAAACAGUCAACCGGUAACAAAUCACUAUUUUUUUCUAAUGGAGGACAAUCUCUGGAAAGGUUUAUAAAAUGUGUUUUAAAUUCAAUAUGGGAAUUUCAGUAUGAAAUUACUGAUUUGGUUGGCUAAGGAAUAAGUUAUGAACAAAAUAAUUUCCUUGAACCAUAGGGAGGUUUGGACAUCGAUUCUGGUCGUAGUAGUGGAUUUUAUUUUUUAUUAUUUUUUAUUUUCCUUCAUUGGGCAAGCAUUAAUCCUUCAUUGGGCAAGCAUUAAUCGUUGGUAGUUGGGUCUGGCCUCUACAGUUUCUCACUUUUUUCACUUCAACCCCAAAAGCAACUCGUAGCUGACCGUUGCCGAAACCUUUCUUCAACCCUUUCUAAACUCAUAUACGGAAAUUCUUCUUCCGUCCAGUACAAGGUUCUAUUUGGCUUGUUGAAAAUGUCCAUCGCCUUCUUCCACCUCCUUCUGUAUAUCACUCUCUUCUCUUCUCUCACCAUUCGCUCUUUCCCAAGCCCCAACUCACCCUACCUUUCACCCAAAAUAAUCUUCCCAAAUUACCAAAACAUGCUCAUAAACUUCAAAAUCUUCAUUUACGAGCCAAACAGCCCCUUAACCUUCAAAUCUCCAGCAGAAUUGCUCUUCUACACCUCUCUCCGUAAUAGUCCCUUCGCAACCCGAAACGCACAAGAAGCUCACCUCUUCUUCGUCCCAUUCUCCGCUGACCUAUCCACGCGCUCCAUCGCGCGUCUUGUCAGAGGCCUCCGCACGGACCUUCCUUACUGGAACCGAACUCUCGGCGCCGACCAUUUCUACGUCUCCUGUGCCGGAAUCGGCUACGAAUCUGAUAGAAACCUCGUCGAGCUGAAGAAGAACUCCGUUCAGAUCUCUUGCUUCCCCGCGACUCCAGGUAAGUUUAUCCCUCACAAGGACAUUUCGCUGCCACCGCUUGCGACUCCCCACGCUCCUCACGCGCCGACCAACGAGACUGCGAGUGGGAGUUUUCGUUUUCUGGGCUAUUUCAGACACACCGUCGGUACAGAGUCAACUCUGGCGAGGGAAUUGAUUGGCGAUCCCGACUUCGUGAUCGAAUCCGAACCGUCCGAUGAAAUGACUAACGCGGAGAGAUUAUCGAGCAGUAAAUUCUGUUUGUUCGACUAUGAAAUCGACAUUUCCGGGAUAGGAGAGGCUUUGCGUUUUGGUUGUGUGCCAGCGGUGAUUACUGACCGUCCGAUCAAUGACCUGCCGUUCAUCGACGUGCUGAGGUGGCAGGAGAUCGCGGUAUUUCUGCGAAGGGGAGGUGGGGCCAGAGAACUGAAGCGCGUGUUGGACGGCACGAGUCAGGACCGGUACGUGCGGAUGAAGGAAUUGGGUGUGGUGUCCAGUCAACAUUUUAUGUGGAAUGAAUCACCGGAGCCGUUGGAUUGCUUCAAUACGUUGAUGUAUCAGCUGUGGCUGAGACGACACACUAUCAGAUACGUUCGCAGAGAAUGAGAUCGGGUUGUGGGACCGAGGUUAGGAACUUAAGUGGGCCCGGUCAAACCAGAAUUAUAACUAUUGCAUUAUUAAAAGUGGACUUUUUUUUUCUUUUUUCUUUUUUUUGAUGGGAAAAAAUGAAGUCGACCUUAGUGGAUCCCAACCAUUGAUAAUAGGGCUCAAAUUUCUUGGAAACAGAUGGCUUUGGCCAUUUAUAAGUAAAGUUUAGAGAUAGUGACGUUAAAAUUGGGAUUAUUUUUUAAUAUUGGGAAUGAGUGAGACAUUCAAACUUGAAAUUUAGUACAUUGUGUUUAUCUUCAAUGAAACCAUUAAAUUGGGAUUAUAAAACCUCAUAUAA